AUGGAAGGUGGAUCUGUGUUCACGUUUGGAUUGAACUUGUAUCAUCAGUUAGGACAAACCCCUGUAGUAGAGAACAGUCCUUUGCCAAAGCAGAUGAACCUGAAACCUUUAAAAGGAAAGAGUAUCAGUGGAGUCUGUGUAGGCAGGUUCCAUUCCGUUGUUUGGACUCCUGACAGUGUGUUUACAGUGGGAUUCAAUGCUGGCCAGCUGGGGCAUCAGAAGGGUGAAAAGUUUCUAAGCCAGCUGCGCCAGGUUUCCUACCUCCGGCACACUGACAUUGGAAUUGCCAGAGUGGCUUGUUCAGAUGCUGCCACAGUUUGUCUCACUACAAAAGGCGAUGUAUUUGUCCUGCAUGAAUACAACUGUAGGAAGAUAGUCUCCAAGGGACAAGACAUAGACAAAGUAUUGGUCACCGGAGGCAACCUUGACCACAGUGUUGACAUUGGUAUCCUCACUGAGAAGGGAGGGGAGGAGCUGAGUGUCAUGAUGAAAAAUGAAUCAGGACAG